GGUUAUAGGAGGAAGUAUCAAAUCCACUAUGGAAAGAGGAGGAUCUAUUCCAAGCUUGGUGCAAACUGAUUCUCAUGCUCAAGACAAUCAAUCUAAAACCUUUCCUCAGCUCACUUCCAAUGGUGGAAGCAGAUCAGAAAGUUCUGAUCGAUCACCUCAAAACACAAGGUUACGAAUCCACCAACGAAGGAGCAGACUUCGCCGAGAAACAGGACCUUAUUCAACAAGUGAGAAUUUCUUGCUCGGCGUAAUAGGCUCAUCCCCAACUAACCAAGGCGAUGGGAACAAUGGAGAAGAUCCAUGUUAUUGUAAAGUCCUCAAUGUUGCUCGAGAUGGAGGAAGAUAUGAACUACAAUUGGAGCCUGGGUUCGCACCCAGCGUCUUGGGUUCCUCGCAAACCCAGCUCGUGGGUUCGCACCUAGGAGCCUGGGUUCGCGACCAGCUUGCGAGUUCGCACCCAGGAGUCGGCUUCCUCGCUGCCGCCAAUUACAACAACCUCGGCCAAUGCGAGACCCUCGACGACAUCAAGAUGCACCUUUCCGCUACUGAAUACGGGCCUUAUGUCCAGAAUGGUACGACUGAGAUGUGGUUGCUUUGGAAUGAGGAUGAGGUGAUUGUCGAUGUUAUAAUGUCCACAAUUCAGGGUAUCCAUGCCAUUGUCAAGGACAUUCAAGAUGCUUUAUUCUCUUUGAAGCCAUUUAAGGCCCCAGGACCAGAUGGACUUCACCCAAUAUUCUUUCAAAAGAUGUGGCCAGUGGUUGUUGAGAUUUUAUGCACUCAUAUUAAAAAUGCAUUCACUUCAUCCUCUAUUCCUAAUGGAUGGAAUGAUUGCCUUAUUUCCCUUAUCCUCAAGAUUAAGAAUCCUGAAACAGUUCAGCAAUUCAGACCAAUUGGACUCUGUAACACCACCUACAAGAUCAUUUCUAAAAUCCUGGUUAAUAGGAUUAAGCUCGUGUUGGAGACCUUAAUUUCCCCAUGUCAAACUAGUUUUGUUCCAAAAAGGAAAGGAACUGAUAACAUCCUCAUCUUGCAAGACUUGUUUACUCCUUUUCCAAAAAAAAAGGGGGGCAAGUUUGGUGAUGUGAUUAUUAAAUUGGAUCUUGAAAAGGCUUAUGAUCGCCUUGAGUGGAGCUUUAUUAGAGAAGCUCUUGUUUAUUUUCAAUUCCCUUCUCGGGUGGUGGAUCUUAUUAUGUCCUGUAUUUCUACUUCUCAUAUCGUUAUCUUGGUUAAUGGUGAUAAAUCUGAGAAAUUCAUCCCAUCUAGGGGCAUUCGACAGGGUGAUCCCUUUUCCCCUUAUUUGUUCACCCUCUGCAUGGAGUUCUUAUCUAUUAAAAUCUCUAGAGACAUGGCCAUGGGCUUAUGGAAAGGAUUCAAAGCUAGUAAGCAAGGCCCUACUCUUUCUCAUUUGUUUUUUGCUGAUGAUUUGAUUUUUGUAGAAAUGUUGACAUUAAGACUCGACAGAGCAUUUGUCAUCUCUUGGGUUUUCAAGAAGCGAAUAAAUUGGGAAAAUAUUUGGAAGUUCCUAUCUCUUCCAAAAGAGCCUCCAAGAAUUCUUGCCAAUAUAUUCUUGAUAAAAGUUGAUCAACAUUGGCAGGAUGGAAGUCUAGAUCCUUCUCAAUGGAACUUCAUUUGGGGGACUAAUGAGUUCCACCAUAAAAUUCAUCUUGUGGGCUGGGAUACCAUAUGUCAACCAAAAGAUUUUGGGGGUUUGGGUAUUAAGAAAGCUAGAGACACUGACCUUAUUGCAGUGGCCAAGCUUAAUUGGAGACUCCACACGGAUAAGAGACAUUUAUGGAAAGAUGUCAUAUCGAAGAAAUAUUAUGUUGACAACCCCCGCAUAUCCUUGCCCACAAGUGGUUCUCCUGUUAUCAAAAGUAUAGCUAAGGGGUAUUCUAUCUUCAAAGAUGGCAUUCGAUGGACCGCUUUUACUGGUCAUUCUAUUCUUUUCUGGUCCGAUUGUUGGGUUGGAAAGACACCAUUGAAUGCUAUUCUUUAUGGCCUCUUUUCUCAAUUUGCUACUAACUUGUUACUCUCAGAUAUCUUAGUAAUGAUUCCAUUGAUCUGGAUGCUGUUGAAUACCCCAUUCCCUAAGAGAUUACAAGCGUUAUUGCUGCUAUUCCUCUCCCUUGCUAUGUCAGCGAUUCUGAUCAUUUCUGUUGGAGGGGAGAAUCUGACGGGUGCUUCUCUUCUGACUCUAUAGUCUGUUUGCUUAUUGUUAAGACCUUAAAUCAUCAAAACUGGAAAUGGAUUUGGAAAACCCCCACCAUUCCCAAGAUUCAAUUCUUUUGGUUUAAGUACCAUUUUAGUCCCUCAACUUAUCACUU